CUUCCCAUCACUAGAUGAUGACAUUACCCCGUAGGGAGAUGUCGCUGUCAUCUAUAUAAAUUAUAAGACAACGUUCUAAUCCAAUGGGGUUAUGUGAAAUCUUAAGCAAACAGUGGGAGACUUGGUUGGGUUUCAUUGGAAAGGUUGAGAAGCCCAGUCAUGGAGAGGUUCAUGUUCAAAUUAGACUUUAACACCACCCGCAGCUUAGUGGUGUGUGUGUGUGGUGGGGAGCGGGCAUUAUACUGAAGUAGUUACUGGGAAUAUAGUAUGGAUCAGUGAAUGUGAUCAGGUAUUAGCUGCAGCUUAAGCCAUGGGGUCAGGGGUUAGCCACAGUGUCCAGCCAUAGAUUCAGCCCUGUGUGACUUUUUCACCCACCCUCUCAUUAGGCUUGGGUCUUCAGCUAUGGAAAACAUGGAUCCUUUUGGGUUAGCAAAGAUUCAUAUGACCGUAAGUUGAACAUUGUGGGUAGGCCUAUAAAUGUGCAUUUCCUCUGUCAUGUGUAGGUACCUCUACACAGACCGAAUGUGUAACCCAACCGUUUCUCUCUGACAACACUAGUGGGUUUGGGUCUUGGCCAUGUGCACAAAUGGGCCUCGGUCUGUGUGUUCUGUUCACACACACCCACUGUUUUUGUGUGGCUAUGAGCGGGAUCUCUCUCCCUCAGCGCCACGUUCUUACAGAAUGAUCUCUCUGUUCUGAUCCCUCUCCUCUUUAAGCUUGUUAGAUCCCAGUCUGUUUCCCAGGGACACCAUGAGAUUAGGUGUGUGUGUGUGUGUGUGUGUGUGUGUGUGUGUGUGUGUGUGUGUGUGUGUGUGUGCAGGCGUGCCCGUUUGAGUGUGUAGCCUGUUAACAUGCUGUGUGGGAGGAGUCUGUACUUUGCUGUUCCCUGACCUUGGAUGACAAAAGUGUCUGGGUGUGAGAGAGCGAGAAAGACAGACUUGGAGAGUUUGGCAUCAACAUAAUGCACAUCAAGCUAUAAGGAAGGGAGGGGGACAGACUGAGACCAUGGGGGCUGCAGUAUAGGCUACUGCAGUGCAGGUUUGUGGGGUGUUGUUUCUGUGGCUGAAGAGAGAUUUGCAUUAGGAUUCUGAGGGACACCUGGCAACCCGUGGCUGAGCCGAGGAGUGACGAUGUCUGUACAGGCCAGAAGACAACACAGCAUUCAGCAGCCAAUGAAAGAGCCCGGAACAGGAAGCUGAGAUGGAGUUCUCAGGGUGCCCUGCUGCUGCCGGUGUUGCCGACGAGGCCCAGGAGGCGGAGCAGGCGGAGAAGGAGGGCCACGCCCAGGUUCAAUUUGAUGAGUUUGUCCAGGCGUCCACCUGCAGAACGACACUCCGUGCCUUCAACCUGCUGUGUGAGCACCUUCAGCUCACACACACACACACACAGCCACAGACAUACCCCCCGACGCAGCCACAGCGGCCUUUCUACCACACCCUCAAAGAACGCCUCAGCUACUGGAAGGCCAACGCACUGUGGGCCAAACUGGACAAACGGGCAGCCCACCACGAAUAUGGGAAGGGCCGUGUCUGUGCCAACACAACGUGUGUGAUCAUUGGGGCGGGGCCAUGUGGUCUGCGUACAGCAGUAGAGCUGGGGUUCCUGGGGGCCAGAGUGGUGCUGCUGGAGAAGAGGGAUGCCUUCUCCAGGAACAACGUCCUCCACCUCUGGCCUUUCACCAUCCAUGACCUCAGGGGCCUCGGGGCCAAGAAGUUCUACGGAAAGUUCUGUGCUGGAGCCAUUGACCACAUCAGUAUACGGCAGCUACAGUUGGUGUUAUUAAAGGUGGCUCUGUUGUUGGGGGUGGAAGUCCAUGUCAACGUAGAGUUCAAGGGACUGGUGGAGCCACCUGCGGACCAGGAGCAACAGAAGGUAGGCUGGAGGGUGGAGGUGAAACCCAUGUCUCACCCUAUUAACACACUGCAGUGUGACGUGGUGAUCGGAGCUGAUGGACGACGGAACACUCUACCAGGGUUCAGGCGUAAGGAGUUCCGAGGCAAGCUGGCCAUUGCUAUCACAGCUAACUUCAUGAACCGUAACACCACGGCUGAGGCCAAGGUGGAGGAGAUCAGUGGAGUGGCCUUCAUCUUCAACCAGAGGUUCUUUCAGGAGCUACGGGAUGCCACGGGAGUGGACCUGGAGAAUAUAGUGUACUACAAGGACGACACGCACUACUUUGUGAUGACAGCUAAGAAGCAGAGUCUGCUGGAGAAAGGAGUCAUUCUGCGGGACAAUGCAGACACAGAAACACUUCUCUCACGGGGAAACGUGGACCAGAAUGCACUGCUGGCCUAUGCCCGCGAGGCGGCGGACUUCUCCACCAAUCACCAGCUGCCGUCCCUGGACUUUGCCAUGAACCACUACGGGCAGCCUGAUGUUGCCUUGUUUGACUUCACCUGUAUGUACGCGUCGGAGAACGCUGCACUGGUCAGACAGAGACAUGGACACCAUCUACUGGUCACGCUGGUAGGAGACAGCCUUCUGGAGCCAUUCUGGCCCAUGGGGACAGGUAUAGCACGGGGGUUCCUGGCAGCACUGGAUUCUGCCUGGAUGGUACGGAGCUGGGCUCAAGGCCUCGCCCCUCUGGACUUACUUGCUGAAAGAGAGAGUCUGUAUCGUCUCCUUCCUCAGACCACUCCAGAAAAUGUCAACAAAAACUUUGGUCAAUACACCGUAGACCCAGCUACCCGCUACCCUAACAUCAACCCUCAACUCAUCAGCCCGGCACAGGUGGGCCAUCUAAUAUACACAGGAGAGAAUGGAGGUUCGGGUGUGGUCCAGGAACCGCAACCCCGAUCCCCCUUGCCGAAGCUACUACGACAGGAGUCCUUCUCUCGCUCCAGUAAGCUUUUGUCGUGGUGCCAGCAGCAGACGCAGGGUUACCGUGGCGUUGCUGUUAGCGACCUCACUACAUCCUGGAAGAGUGGCCUAGCUUUGUGCGCCCUCAUCCACCACUACCGCCCUGACCUCAUUGACUUUGCCUCUCUGGGGGAGGAUGAGGGGGAGGUGAAUAUGAGGUUGGGGUUGGAGGUGGCAGAGAAGGAGUUUGGCAUCUCUCCUGUGAUGACUGUCGAGGAGAUGGCGUCUGUCAGUGAAACGGACACUCUCUGUAUGGUCAUGUACCUCAGCCAGUUUCACCAGCUCUUCAAGGACGCACUGCCCCCAAGUGAAUCCCAGACUGAGAGCCCAGAUGGGAGGGCUGCUGUGAUCGGUCCUGCCUCUCUCCUCAGCCGCCUGGGCCACAGCCCAUCCCGCAAGCGCAACCCCAAGGAGCAGAAGGAGAAGGAUGCGGUGGGGAAGAGGAGAAAGACCAGUCGGCCAUGUCUGGAGGACGUGAAACAAGAUCUCAGAUUAAGAUCUCAGGACAGUUAUGAGGAAGAGGCUGCCCUGUGCUCUGUGGGUGGAGCAAGCCAGAGCAGAGUGCGCUCGAUGGCCAAUCAGCUGCUGGCCAAGUUUGAGGAGAGUGCCCCUUGCCCCUCCUCCACGCCAGCUGCAGCUCUACGCAGACAGGGGGACUCCAUGCCCACGCUUCCACCUCCUCCAGCGUCCCCUGACCCCCAGGCCCAGCCAGCCCUUGUGGCCUCCGCUGCCACCUGGAAACAGGUAAAAAUAAAAUAUGUUCAGAUGUACACAGGGGGAGUGAGCUCAUUGGCUGAACAGAUAUCCAAUCAGCUUCAAAGUCAGGAGUCACCUUCACCCCAGCACACUCCUGAUAGGAAGGAAACGGCUGCUGUUCGCUCUGUGUUGGCAGGGUCAGGAGGGGCCAGUGAUGUGUGUUUCUUCUGCAGUAAGCGCGUGUACGUGAUGGAGAGACUCAGUGUUGAGGGACUGUUCUUCCACCGGAGCUGCUUCCAGUGUGACCACUGCAGCUCCACCAUCCGCCUGGCCUCCUACGCCUACGACCGGCCUAACGGGAAGUUCUACUGUAAGCCGCACUAUGACGUCCGUCUGGUUGGGCCGGUCCAGAGGAAGAGGGCAGCCCCCCCGACCUCCGAUCAGCCCCCAACCCCCUACGAACGGACCCCCUCUCAGCAGACCCUCCUGGAGUCCCAAGCUGCUCUGUCCACUAACCCUCGCUCCUCAGUGACUGUGGUGACAGCAGAUCGCAAGUCCUCAGUGGCAUCUCUGAUUGAGAGGGAGUGUGGCUUGGCUAAGCGCGUGCAUGGCACGCCAGAACGUAUAGAGCUGGAGAACUACCAUGUGAGCAUGGGGAGCCUGGAGACUGAACAGCUAACAGAUGAGCCGGAGGAGGUGCCAGAGGAGACGCUGGCCAAUUACAACCUCAGUCUGCUGGUGACAGAGGAGAAGAAGGCCAAUCACAAGCGCAGCCCGUUGUGGGACAAGAGCAACGAGGGCUCCAGUUCGGAAUCAGAGACGGAGGAGGAGGGGGAGAGGCAGCGGGCUCAAACCAAUGACCUGGCUAGAGACUCCUGGAGGAAGGCCAUGGAACUACACGCACGCCUCCGAGGAGAGAGAGGAGACGACGAAGAAGAGACAGAAGAAGGAGAGGAGGAAGGAGAGGUUGAUGAGGAGGAGGAGGAGUUAUCUAGUGAUGAGGACGGAUCAUCCCCCCUCACUGCUCAGGAGGUAGCCUCGUUGGACGAGUGGCAGCAGAGCGCACACUCUCAAAAUACACACUCUCCAGACACACUCACGCCUGACUCGACAGCACCCGAUACACACGGUCCACACAGCCCCACCAGUGUACCCAAUAUCACCUUCUCCACUCCAGCCACUGCCUCAACACCAUUCACCCCCUUAACGUCACAUGCACCCACAUCAAUGUCCUCUGUCUCAAUUCCAGACUCCUCUGUCUUUACCUACUCCUCCCCUAACUCCUCCACCACCUUGGGCUGCUUCCCCGAUCUGGAAGUGGGAGAGGAGGAUGGGGAAGAGAAAGAGAGGAAGGAGAGAAAAGAGCAAGAGGAGAGGGAGAGAGGGGAGAGGGUGCGUGACCCCAGCACUAGUUCGGGGAUCGGUGUGGGCGGGAGCUCCACCACCUCUACCUCGGACCCUCUCACCCCUCCCUGCAUCCUUCCCCCCACCCAGCACAGGGCAUGCUGGGAUAGCCUGCCCCACCCUGAUGUGGAGGUGGAGUCACUGCAGAGCCCCGCCCCUCGCCCUGCCCCUCGAUUUGUCCCCGCACCUAUCAUGGCGUCGGCUGUUGUGCGGGGGGUCGGGGGCAAGAAACUGAAUCCGUGGGACGUGGGUGGGGGAAGUGGGCCUGCUGCGGGAGGGUCUGUUGGAGCGGGGUCUCUUGGGGAGCAGCUGUGUAAGGGUGAAGUAACAGACCCCUUAGAGGACAUCAACUCCCCCUUGUCCCCCCUGAAGCCCCUUAAGGCAGUGCCCAGAGACGAGAGAGAAAUCGGGAGGAAGAGGGAGAUGGAGAGGAGGAGGGAGAUAGAGAGAGCAGCCAUGGGGGUGGGCUGGGAGGACAUGAAAAUCACCCUAGGAAGGGAGCCUCUCCCAGGGAAGAGCAGAGAAGGUCUGGACCCCCGCAGACUCACAGAGAGCCUGCCUCCCCUCCGUCUCCAGGGGGGCUUCAUCUUCCCUUCACGUAAGUGCCGCAGGGACAACCAGCCCCCCAGCCAGAGUGUGUCUGAAGCGGGCAUAGGAGAGGGUGGACCCCUGGGCCUGUGGAGAGCUGUCAUCUCUGGCUAUAAGAGGGACAGGAAGAAGAAGGGCAGGACUUCCCUUCCCAAUUCGACAACAGCCCCAGCCCCCAAAGAGCAGGGCAGGAGGAAAACUUCUGCAGAGAGAAGAGGUGUGAAGUUCAGGGAGCGCCAGAGCUGGUCGGACCUGGAGGAGUCAGACAUCACCUGCUCUGUUGUGAUGGAGAGAUGCUCCAUGAACCCCAAGGCCAACCUUCGUCUGGAGCUGUUUGACCUAGCGUCAGACCUUCAGAAGGAAACCAUUGAGGAGGAGGAAGAGGAGAAUGAGGAAGGGGAGAGGCACGUGGGGAAAGAGAGGGAGCUGGACAGCUCCCCCCAUAUGGAUACACAGCGGAAGUCAUCGUGCCCUACGGAGGUGGUGGGGGUACUGGUGCACAUGAAGGACCUGAAGGACCCGUCCAGCCUGGAUGUGUCAGAGGCCAUGUUCCACAGAGACCGAGACCCAGAGGAGGAGGAGCUAGAUGCCAGGUUAACACGCAGGGUACAGAGGGCAGCGCGCAAACAGGCCAAACAGGAGCAACUCAAGAGACUGCACAGAGCCCAGAUGAUCCAAAGGCAGUUGGAGCAGGUGGAGGAGAAGCAGAGGCAGCUGGAGGAGAGGGGUGUGGCUGUGGAGAAGGCCUUGAGAGGGGAAGCAGACUACUGGGGAGAGUCGAAUGACAGUGAAGAGCUGGACUUGCACCUGGGAGUCAUGGGCAGGCAGGAUGAUCCAGCUCUGAUGCAGCAGUGGUUCAAGCUGGUCCAGCAGAAGAACUGUCUGAUGCGCUAUGAGUCAGAACUCAUGAUAUUCGCUCGGGAGCUGGAGUUGGAGGAUAGACAGAGCCGUCUCCAACAGGAGCUCAGAGAGAGGAUGGCCGUGGAUGACCAUCUGAAGGGUGAGGCAGAGCUGGCUGAGGAGAAGCUAAUCCUGGGGGAGAUGUUGGAGGUGGUGGAGCAGAGAGAUGCUCUGGUGUCUCUGCUGGAGGAGCAGCGGCUGCAGGAGAGCCAGGAGGACAGAGACCUGGAGGCCAUCAUGCUGUCCCGGGGCCUGGGCCUGCACAACUGGGCCUGAACAACUGGGCCCGAACCUGAACAACUGGGCCCAAGCACAGACACGUCACUUCCCCUCUAAAGCUGCGAUCAGGGUCACGGUUGUGAGGUCACUUCCCCUCUGAUACAACGUUAUGACCAGGAUCAAGGCAGGACAGUGUCUGGAUGAUCAGUUUUUAGGAUUGAAGAUGUUUCCCCAAUCCCCACUGCUACACACAUCUUGCUAUACCCCUGACUGACUGACUGAUGGCCCUAUGCUCACUAUACUCACCCAGGCUGUUGUUAUGGCGAUAUGUGGCAUGUAUGAAUGAUUUGUAUUGUUAUUUAUUAACCAUUUAGAAAAAUGUAUAUUAUGUAAAAAAGAAACAGCACUGAUUUUUUAAAACCUUUUUUUAAAAUGACAUGAAUAAUGUUUUACUUCACACAUUGGAUAAUAAAGACAUUCUGACAUCA